GUACCUGAUCCUUAGAAACAAAAUGGCGUUAUCAACUAUUUCAUGUAAUGAUAUUUUAAGAGACAACGAUAUUACAUGUAACCUACCUUCACUGAGAUUUGAGAGUGCAGUAGAUGAAAAGGGUUCCGACUUUUUGCCGUUACGAAAGAAAAGCCAUGCUAUUGUUGUUACACAAUGUGCUGCUGUUUCCGUAAUGAUCGAUAUAUUACGAAAAGCGAAAUCAUUAAUUCAAGAUUUUCCUAAACCAGAAAGAAAAACACCAACCAUUGAAACACAACCAGAAAGAAAAACACCCACCAUUGAAACACAAGAGACAAGGAAAAAAUUAAUUGUAGGCCUUAUUGGAUGUGGCAGACUUGGCUUCCAACUGACCACUACACUCUUAACCAAUGGGAGGCUUGACACAGACUGUGUCCAGAUAUCCACCAGGAGACCUGAACUACUUGAUCAUCUCAAACAGCAAGGGGUCGCCUGCUAUUUUGAUAAUAAAAAACUGGUUGCUGUUGCGGAUGUCAUUGUUUUGUGUGUGUUACCAUCCCAAGUGGCCAGCGUUGCGGCAGAAGUAAGCGGCCAAAUUCCAGCCUCCUCCAUUCUUAUCUCCCUGUGUGCAGGCCUGCCGGCCAGACGACUGCGACAGCUAUUGGAAACGUCCAACAUCAUUUGUCCAAACUUUGAGUGGUCAGAUGUUGUGGACAGCAGGUCUUUCAAAUGGGCAGGCCAGGGAAGUGUCAGCCAUUCACUUGAUGACCAGCAAACUGUUUUAAGAACUUGUCCUUAUGCUGUGGCAGCUGAAGGUGCACUACUGAGAAGCAAUGAGAAGCUGAUGGAAGUGUUGAUACUGUCUGUGGUCAACAUCUGCCUGCAGGUUGACCUUUCAACUAGCGAGACCUUGAGUGUCGUCAGUCAAGCAGUGUUUGGUGAGAGCCAACCCAUGCUGACAGCUAGAGAUUUUGGUCUUUGGGAAAGUAGGAAAAACAUAGCCAGGAAUUUUUCCUCCUAUGACCUGGUGGAUGGUGUUGAAACUCCAGUGCUAAAGCUAUUAAAAGACAACCAAUCACUGCAGACGAGAUUUUCAGCCCGGUACUGGCAGUUGUUUUCUGAUUACAUUCAUAAGAGAAAUUUUCUUCAUUUGCGCUAGUUUAGGGAUAUUUUUGUUGUGCCAGGAACUGUUGGGAUGUUAAGGGAACAUUUAUUGAUCAAGAUUUGCCAAAAACAGUUUCUGAUUGCAGAUUGUGUGGAGUGACUCGUGUGUGUUGUUUUUAAUCUACAACUACAGAUUUGUAGCCUCAUUGGCAAACUGAUUAUUCUAGGUCCGCUGUAUUCAACUCAAGUUGACCCUAGUGCAU